GUUAGGGAGACUUUAAAGAUCGUAAUUUUAUUAGAUAAGCUAGCAGAAUUACCAAAUUGAUCUUUCUUGGAUGUAUCUGAAUUUCAUUAUAACUGCAAAGUGCUAUUUCAGGUGAAGAUCCUAAACUAGUGUGCAUACGUUUUAUUUAUUUAUUUUUGAUUAACAAGAUACAAAAAUGUCACGAUUUAGAAAACAAGAAUACAAAAGGCAGGUGAGCGAGGAUCCAGAUAUUGAUAAUUUAUUGGCAAAUCUGUCUCCGGAGGAAAUGCAAGAACUUCAAAUUGAGUUGGAUGUCAUGGACCCAAAUUCCAAUGUUGCUGUCGGGUUGAGACAGAGAAAUCAGACAGAGAAGCAGCCCACAGGAACAUAUGAUCGAGAAGCAAUGCUCACCUACUGUGAGAAAACAACUAGGAAACUGAUAGAGAAAGAACUAUCAAUUGACGAUGGGCAAACCCCAGAUGAAUUAUGUAAUCAAUCCACAUCACAUGAAAUGGAAAAUAAAGCAGUUAAAGAGAUAGACAAUGAAAAUACAAAAAAAAGUGAGGAAGCUACUAAAACAAAAGGAAGGCAUGAAAGAAAUGAAAAAGAUGAGGAUAGUGCUAAGACAAAAGACAUCAAGGGUAAAGAAAAAGAAGAAAGACUGAAGAGCAAAGAGAUAAAGGGGAAAAACAAAGAGGAGAAAGAGAAGAGCAGUGAGUUGCAAGCAAGGGGAAAAGAAGAAAAAUUGACUAAAUCCAAAGAAAAAACAUCAAAGGAAAUCAUCAAAGAGGAAAGAUACUCUAAGACAAGGAGUGACUCAAAAGACUUUAAGCACGAUGAAAACUGCUCCAGCCCUUCUGUGACAAACUCUAGUAAGUGCUGUUCAACACAAUGUAAAGAUUCAUCCAGUGCACAAAACAUUGAGGAGAAAAAACAGCCAAAAGCUUCAGAAACACAAACAACUCCGACCAUUUAUGAUGAGUCAAUAGAAAAAGUAAGGAACAAUGAUCCAAACAUAAUUGAAGUGAAUUUAAAUAAUGCAGAGAGAAUAAACAAUGACAUUUUAAUACGUUUUGCUGAUGCAUUGAAAGAAAACACUAUUGUGAAAACCUUUAGCUUUGCCAAUACUCAUGCGGAUGACCAUGUUGCUUUUGCUGUUGCUGGUGUGUUAAGGACAAACAAAAGCAUAACAAACCUCAACCUGGAAUCCAACUACAUUUCUGGCAAAGGCGUCAUUGCUAUCAUGAGAGCUUUGCAGCAGAAUAAUGUACUGACAGAGUUCAGAUUCCACAAUCAGCGUCACAUAUUUGGAGGGCAGGUCGAGAUGGAUAUUGCCAAACUUUUAAAAGAAAAUACCACCCUUCUUAAGCUGGGCUACCAUUUUGAGUUGGCAGGGCCACGUAUGACUGUGACAAACUUAUUAAGUAGGAACAUGGAUAAACAAAGGCAAAAACGUUUACAGGAGCAAAGACAGGGGCAAGCAGGGGACAAAAAACAAGCACUUGAAGUCCCAAAGACACCUGGCAUGCAAAAAUCACCUAAACCUUCUCCACAAUCUUCCCCCAGAAGUUCACCUUGGUCAUCCCCUAAACCAACCCCAAAGAAGGCUGCUAGACAUGCACCACCACCAGCUCCUCCUCCUCCUCCUCCUCCCCCAGUCCUGCCAGAAAAAGCCAACUCUGUGACUCAGAACCACAAAUUACAAAGCAAGAGGACUGGAGAGGAACAUGAGGAGACCAAGAAGCUAAGAAAUUCCUUGACGCCUGUAUCUGAAAGAAAGUUGGAAGACAGGCCACCAGCUCAAGAACAGAAUUCAAGAGAUCAGCUUCUGGCUGCCAUUCGAGGGAGCAAUAAGAAAAACUUAAGGAAGGUUGAAGUUCCAAAGUUGCUACAGUAAGAAGAUGUGCCAUUAUCUGCUGUUGGAGAUGCUCCAUUAAUCCUUAUAUAAGUCAAAUUCACCAUUUAGCUAAAGCUUCAUUGAUACAAUGUUCUCAUUCUGAUCAUUUGAACGACUUAUUGUUACAGCCUUGUUUGAGGCCAUGUGAAAAGAUGAAAACAUUUUGAAGAACUUCCUCAAAUUGUAUUGCUUGAUCUUACUAUUUUUCCACUGUGGCUUUUACACUUUUAAUAAAUCUUGUAACUUGCCUAUAGUUUGGUUUUCUGCUACAACAGCUUUCCAUUGGUUGUAAUUUCCUGAUGUUCCCACCUCAAUUCUUUACCUCAAUUUUAUCGUUACUUUAAUUGACAUAUUUGUGAAACGUCUAUCUUACCUGAACAUUGCAUUUUUGAUACACAUUCUCUUCUUUGCUAAAAUAACGAUCAUAUGACCUUUUUAACCUUGCUCCUUUCAUGAAACAAUGACACCAUCAGACUGAUAUGCCACUUGGUCAUCUCUCCUAAUUUUUACAUGCAUUUAUUAACCUUCCUUCCCCUCUGGGACAGUAGCUUGGCUGAUGCCUUGUAAUUCUAGAUACACAGUGUAAUCCUCAAGCUGACCUUCCAUGAUCAGAGGUAAGGACAUAUAAUGAUGGUUAAAAAGCUUUAACAGUCUUCUUAGAAAUAGGUAUUACAACUUAAAAUUCUUAUUACCUGUUUCCCUUAUAUCUUAUCUAGUUCUAUUUGCAAUGACUAUUUUCAGUGGAAAAAACGAGCAAUGUCUUAACCCUAAAGGAAUUGUAAAUAUUUGGCUGGUUUGGUUUUCUAUGUAAUAUUUUAAUAUGUAAUAUGAGAACAUUUGUAAAUGUAUGCUUUCUGCACACAAGAGAUACACAAGCAGGAAUCAUGUAACUUCCAUUCUAUGCCUAAUGUACCAUUUAUAGAAAUAAUACAAAAUACAGUAAACAGCACAAUAAAAAAGCUGUUGAUUCUUCUGACUAAAAGCAUUUUUUUCCUUGUAUGUCAAGUACAUUUGGUUUACUGUCUCUUGUCUGUCAGUAAAAGCUAUAUCUGUGCUAAUGUGGAACAUGUAAUAUUCUUUUAUCUUUUGAUUAUUUUUGUAAAUAUAAAACCAUAUUUCAUUUCAUGUGUAAAAUGCAUAUCAAUAUAGGAAACAAAUAUGUUAAUUCAAAAAAUGAGCUUAACUCAAUUGCAGAAUUGUCUUGACAUGAACAUUUCCUUUUGACACACAGUAAAAAUGUAUAAACAAUCAUAGUGAUACGAAAGCAAGUUUUCAGGUAAUAAUUAUGUUUCUCAUUGUGAA